AUGAUUGCGAAUAACGACAUUUUUGCUGAAUUGAAUAAGCUAUAUGAUGAUGAUCAUAAAAAUUACGACCAUGUCAUAUUAUUUUGGCAGGCAUGUAAUGGCCAAAGAUAAGCCUAGAUUGUGAGGAGAGAUAUGUUUGAAUAGAGGAGAGACUCUUGCUUGGCAAUAAUACCUAUGCUUAUAUUAUUCUAGCCAAUAAGUCAUGAGGUUUUACUUCCAACAUUUACUCACCCUUAAAGGCUAUCAAGCAUUAUACUUAAGCCAGACUCUGCUGUUAAGAUACUAAGAAUUAAUUCUAAAUCUACUGAUAAGCAAAAUGCAGAAAAAGAAAAAAAUAUUGGUUUCGUAAAUUGCUCCUUCAAUUAUAAAGACUCUAGCCUCUGCGAAUUUUGUCCUAGAAAUUUACUCACUACAGCAAUUUAAACUCUUUAGAAGAGACAUAACCUAUAAGUUAAAAUAGGAUUUGAGAUAGAGUUUAAUGUUUUUGACAGUAUGGGAAAACCAAUAGAUCAAAAUACCAUUAUGAAUCUUGAUGCAACACUGAAAGAAGCAGAGAUCUUGAUGGAGAUCUCCAACGAACUUAAAUCUCAAGGAAUUAAGGUAUUAAACAUGCAUAAAGAAGCAGCAAGAGGGUAAUAUGAAAUAGUAUUAAACUAUGAUGAAGUCAUGAAAUCGAUAGACGACUAUCAUUUUGCCGUUCAGGUUAUUAAACAGCAUUUGCAGAGAGAUGGGAAAAUAGUCAGUUUACUCCCAAAGCUGUUUGAAGAUCAGUUUGGAAAUGGAUUACAUUUUCAUAUGAGCAUCUGGAAAAAUGGUGAAAAUAUACUUGGGAGUAGUAAAGGUAAUUACAAACUAAGUCAAGAAGGAGAAUCAUUUAUGGCAGGUAUUCUUUCCCAUUUAGGAGCAUUGACUCAUUUCCUAACACCGACUCCAAAUAGUCUAAACAGGAUCUAAGCUAAUUCAUGCGCAGGUUCUUACAAGAUAUGGGGCAUAGAAAAUAGAGAUGCAAGCAUCAGACUAAUUGAACCUGACUCAAGGGAAUGGAUUCCCACCCACUUUGAGUUAAAAACUAUGGAUCACACAGCUAACUAAUAUCUCGCUCUUGCUGCUGUUAUCGUUUCUGCCAUUGAUGGACUUGAUAAGUAGAUGCAACUCCCCUAGCCAGUGAAUGAAAUGCCUAAAAUGAUUUCUGAAAGUAAGUUGGUCGAAAUAUGCAUAGAAUAAUUGCCUUAAACAUAUGAAGAAAGAAAAAAGGCAUUACUAUCAGAGGAGGGAGAUAUUCUACAGGAAUUUUUCGGGAAGUAAAUGAUCGAGAAUAUAUUGAUCUACGCUGAUGAAGAUCAUAAGGCAUUAGAUGGUAAAUCUUUAGAAGAGUAGUUCAAGCUGUUGAAUCAUAGAUAUUGA